AUGUUUAUUGUGUGGCGUUAUUUUCUUCAAAGAGCCAGGCAGUCAUGUCUACAUCAAGUUCUGGUGUUUGACGUGUAUUACACUAUCUAUUUUAUUAUCGUUGGUUUAUCUUUCGUCAGCAUUGUUAUCAUCAGUUUCGAUCGUCAUUUCGCCUUGUCCAGACUUUUGGUAUAUAUUGUUGAGGUGUCUGAGUCAGGUGAAGUGAUUCUUAGUUGUCAGAUAUAUUAGGAGAUGACUCUAAACAAAUCCUGUUAGGGACUGUGCAAUAAUUACCUGGGGGUGGGAGGGGGGGGGGUUGGAAAAUUAGAGGGGGGAGCAUAGGAGAAAAUGACAACAAGAGAGAAGGAAGACUGGAUGUAAAAUUUAAUACAUACAGGGGGGGGGGGCAUUACUGGAAAAGUAGUGGAAGAGUUAUUAGAGUUCAAAUAUAAAUACUAACUGCAAUAAAACUGACAAAUUUAUCAACUCUAAGGUGUCCUGAUCUAUGAACUGUUGUUUUCCUAUCUGUCAUGCAGUAGGAAAGGAAUGCCUCUGUUAUAUAUGUUAAAACAGUACUACUUUAUUUGCACUAGGAUUUAAAUAAAACAGGAAACUAUAAUUAAAAGUUGCAAAAGUAGCAUCAUAAUGUUAUUUAAUGAAAAAGAAAGAUGCCAAUGUUAGCACACAUGGCAUCAUAAUUUAACAGAAUGAAAAACCCAACUGUUGAAAUUUUAAUAGCAAUACAAAUUGAAAGUAUAGUAAAUAAAACACAGUAUGAUUAAAUUGAGCUUCAAAAAAAGCUCAAUCAGACAGGAAUUCCUGAGUUCUCACUCACGCACGCGGGAACCUUAGUGCCAGAGAUGCUGUAGAAGAUGAGGAAUCUCCCAAUUCAUGGGAAGACGACAAAAGCUCAGAGUCCCGUGAUUCUGAUUCUGAUACGUCGAAGAGUCAUUUGAAGUGAUGUUUGUACCGGAGGAAGAAAUCCAACAAGCAAACUAGGCAUGAGGGAAUCUAUAGGAGGAGACUUUUUUCAAGAGGGGGAAGGGGGAGGAUUAGUCUUAAUAUUAUCAUUAUGUGAGGGGGGUUAAAAUUAAUUUUUGCUUAAUGAGAGGCGGGGUAUGACUUAGUUAAGGGCAUAUUUCACCUAUUUCCCAAAGCAGCUAUAGUAUGGAGAACUCUGUCGGGUUAAGCGCUCUGUUGGGGGGCAGAAGAAACGUUUCAAAGACUUCCCAAAGAGUCUCUCAAAGACCUGGACAUUAACCUCUGUACUUGGGAGUCUCUUGGCCAGGAUCCUCGAGCUUAGCGUGGCAAAGUCACCAAAGAGGGCCCGUGCGACAGAAAACCGACGGACCACUGAAACAGAGAAAACGUGCUGCAACCAAAGCAAGAGCAACUUUCAACUCCAUUGUAGCACCCACACGCUCAUGUCCCAUGUGUGGGCAAGCCUUCUGGGCUCGUAUUGGCCUCACUAGCCAUCUACGGACCCACCACCAGUCUUCGGUCGAAGUCAUGGUCAUCUUUGACUUUCGAAGGACAAACGACAACAAGGGCCCAGGUCACACCACUGUUCAAGAAGGAUCGGAUGAUAAAUAUUGUAAAGCUAACUACAAAUCUGAAUUAGUCAUCCCUGCAUUAAAUAACACUUUUCAAAGACUCUUAGCCUUUCAGAUAGGUGACUUCUGCCGAAACGUUUUUUCGUACUUAAGAACCGUUUACUUCCGCUUAUAAGCCCUGGGCUUAAACAACUUCAUAAGGGAUUUUAGGAGGGCUUAUAUCCGAGGGGGCUUAUAACUGGACCGAGAAAAAGCGUUUCAAAACAAGCUUCUUAGCAGUGCUGAUUAAAAUAUUCUUUGAAUUUACUCUCUUUUUUAAGCUUCAAAACGUCGUAAAAAAUCGAGUCUUUUAAGCGGAAGUUUAUGGUACCUCACACAGGAAGUUCUACAACUGCGAGAUCGCCUUGUUGGCUGCAGUGGUGUCCAUGAACUUAUUCAAGGCCUUUGCUCGGGCCAUUAGCUCAAGGUCUAUGGCGUAGACGUGGAAAGCUGGGUCCUUCUUAAGGGUGACCUUUCAGACAGAUCUCAGAGGGUAAAGGUCGGAGAAGCAUUCCCUAGAAUUAGGAAGUCGUGCUUUACUUUGUCUGCUUCAAAGACAGACCUAGGUGAAUCCUAUCCACUUGCUAUUUUGCCGCCAUUUUUCUAAAUAUAACAUGUAGAUUUAGCUGACGAAAAUUUUUUGCUUAUGGUUUACUCAAGCAAAAUAUAAAAUCGUGUAAUGCUGAGAGGCGACGGCAGCGAAAACGGGAAAAAAAAACAAUAGGUCCAAUUAGCAAAAUAACAACUUUACGCGUGCAGCACACUUUUUUGAACAUUUCUUUUCCGUUGUUUUGCACGACUACAACGUGAAACUUCCAGAAACUUCCGUGUUCCUGUUCACGUUUUUUUCACUGCCGCUCAUUUUCACCUUGUUGGACGCUAGCAUUUCUCAUUUUCUCACCACCGCUAUAAAAUUUUCAUGUUUUUCUUCCAGCGAAAUUGGUCUCCUUUGUUUUUUAUCUCUAGUUCUAGAUCUUUCUCUGUUAUCCACGUCAAUGUAGACAUUCAAAUUUCGUCAUUAAAAAACAGGGUGGCCAGGUGAUGUACCGCCGAAACGCGCGGGUGCUUGAAAUGCGAAAUUCCACUCCAGCUUACAUGAAGGGGUGGACUUACGUAAGGACAAAUGUACGAUUUUCUCAGAACCAAAACUUCUUGGAUGCAUAGAUAACUAAAUUUUCAUUACCAAUGGUGCUCCGCUACGCGCGCUUCGCACGUGCGAGAGCUCCGCUAGAAUUUGCUAUUCGAUCCACCAAUGAAUCACAUCGCGCUUCUCUCUUAUUAAAUAUUUCAAAGAAACACUGAAUAAAUUGCAAAUUGUACCAUUUUUAAAUUGCUUUUUAAAUUUAUUUCAAACUCUUUUUUUAAAAUUUCAGGUACGCUAUAGAAAAUUUGCAUGAGAGGUAAAAAUGUGAAAAAGAACUUAUUAAUCUAACCUCAGGAAGAAACAAAAGGCAGAUAUAAUGUAUUAGAGGAAAGUAUUAGAGAUCAAAGAGAAAAGCUAGUGGUAUUAAAACCUGAAAAUUCGCCAAUUUAAAUGACAAUAAAAGCGGAAUAAUAGUUGAAACUAUAACAAUCCGCCACGGAAGGAGGGGCCUUCUAAAGGCUGCUGUUCGAGCGUUUACCUUUAGAACGCUACUUUACCAGGUAAAAAAUAUUUUAAAUUUAUCAAAUUAACUAUUUAUCAGGGGUACCCAACGAGAAUAUGGUUCAAAACCACUUAAACAUAGCAAUGUUGAACGUAUUUUAGUAUUUAAACGGUAGAUAUAUGCAUAUUUUUAUCCCCUAAAAAUUUUUCAUCUGUUCGGAUUUCCUAGCUGAAAGUCUAGUGAUCCGAAAAUUAUAGGGAUCAAAACUUACCUUUUCGAAAAUUUCAGACACAAAAAAGGCUCCCGAAAAUUCUAGGUGACCUUUUUAGGGUAAAAAUCCGUUAAAAAUGGGCAAUUAUAUCAUUUUUGGGGGGGCUCGAAAAUCCUAAGAGAGGCGGGCAAGCAAGAAAUUUAACAACAAAUGUUCCGAAAAUUCUAGAUCUCAAAUCGUCUUCCGAACAGAUAUUUUCCAAAAAUUGUCGUUGGGUGCCCUUGAUUUAUACCUAUUUUUAAAGGGUUAGUACCAGGAAAGGACUCCCAAGUCUUUGUACUAACUACCCUAGAAAAUGCACCGAUCUAUAUUUUUCUCAAAUGGAACAACUUAUCUUUAAAACGUCGGCCAGACGCUUUCAAGUAUCAGUCCACUGUCUUCUAUACAUCCUUUGCAAUUGUAAACAGUUUUCAUGUAGCUACUAUAAAAAAGAACAUGCCACUAUUAGUAAAUUUUCAUUCAUAGAAACACUUCAGGUGGUUUUUCAAGUAGUAAUACUAAUAUUACUGCCCUUUUAAAUGUCAUACGCCGUGAAAAAAAGUCGAAGAUAACUUUACUAAGUUGUCAACUGAAGAUUGUUUUAAUUGAGGAGGUAAAUAAAGUUUCAGAUUCACGUUCAGAAAAUGUUUUUUGUACGGUAGAGCAUAAAAUUGCAUAGAUGUCGCCUUCAUUAAAAUUUUCUUGAUCGGUUUUGAAGAUCAUGGUAGACACCGUUUUAAUAUUAGACUACGAAUAUUUGUAGGCAAAGACUUUUACGUACCCUGCGACUGCAUACUAAAAUAAGAAAUCGUUCGUGGAUUUCUAUGAAAUAUUAUUUAAAAAAGUAAUACUAGAUCUUUGAGGACUUAAUUGUAUUCUAGUGAGUAUUUUCAAAUGUUAAGCUUUUAAUGUAAGUGAUUUUAAUUCCUCGGAUUUCUAAGGAUCUCUUAGGGGAGGCGACGUAAUUGUGAUUUUAAUCCUCAAUUUCGUAGAAGAUUUCAAAGUUCUAAUUAUUAUUUUUGCCAUUAUCCGCCCGAAAAAAAAAAAAGGUAAAGAAAUAUAGUUUAGGAAUAAAUAGAUUGUCAAGAAGUCGAUAUCUACCUGCACGGCAUUUACAUUAUUUACACUGAUUUAUCCCUAAAUUAAAGCAAGUAUGGCGAUUUCUACAUCUACUUUGUUUGAUUUAAAUGACAAGAGGAGUUAUGUUUGCCACCCAGGAUUUAAAAUGUACUGAAAAAGGAAAUCCACUGAAUUAAAGUGCUCUUUGUCUCAGCAAAAACUGACCCACAAAAAAAGAGCUUUAGCUUGUUCUAGGUAAGCAAAAGACCCAGAAGCCUGGCGAGACAAAAAAACCACCAAAACAAAAAACAAAACAAGAAAGGCGAAAUAUAAACUUAUGCAAGUGAAUACGCAUUAUAAUAACUGACUUUAAUAAAAAAAAAAAGUGCCGAUUUUUUUUCGGGUGUUUUUGAUGUCUUUUAGCCUUCUUUAUAGCGGAGCACCUUAGGUAAGAAAAUUUGGUUAUCUUUAUGCAUCCGAGAACUUUUGGAAGUGACUUGUCGUCACGUGACCGUACGUCCAUCCUUCCGUCCGUCCGUCCGCACCACAGGCAUGCCAAUGUAAAAUAACUCAAUCAACAGGUAUGGCAACCCAAAUGCAACUCGAGGUUUUUUGGCGAGAAAUCGCAUGGCCAACCGUGUCAUGUGAAGCAGAGACCAUAAAAGAGUCAAUAAAGACAAAAUGAAAAGCGGAAAUUGUUUCUAUAUCCGGGUUGAUUAAAGUAUUCAGCUUAGAUUAAUUGUCAUGUCCACCCACAAAGACAGAGAAAACGUGAAAGUAGUAUGCGACAGGCUAGCGAAGCUCAAGGAGAAAAUGGGCAACAGAGAUAAAAAAAGGAGAAAAAUGAGGAAUGCUAGUGGCCAGCAAGGUGAAAAUGAGUGAAGUGAAAAAAAAAGCGAACAGGAACACAGCAACAAAAUUUUUUUAGGAACGCAUACAACGUUUUCUCCAUAAAACGUGUAACUAGGAAGUUUAACGUUACGACAACAACGGCAAAGAAAUGUACAAAAGAGUGUGCUACACGUUAAAGUCCUCUUAAUCUCUUGUGCUACACGUGAUUUGUUAUCGUACCAUCCGAAUUUCAAUGCUAAUCUACUCAAAACAAAAUAAGCAUUUAAUGAAAGGUAGCUCUCACAUGAGAAAUGGGGGCUGACAAGUAUUUUUACUAUGGAAACGAAGAAUGGUAACGGAAGACUAGGAACUGGGAACGGGAAAAUAAAAAUGGGAGUAAAACUUUACUUAAUCCCUAGAAAUACCAGAAUCCCUUUCAUCCUUUCUCCGUUUAGCUCCCAUUGUCUUAUUUUCCUGUUCCCAGUUCCUCAUUUUCUGUCUUGGCAGCAUCCCGAAAACAACGACUGUACGCAUAUAUGAUAACAUACAAGUGAAACUUUAAAAUCCCUGGAAAAGGAACGAGGGCUUCGUUCAUCCACAGGUAAGGUUACAUUUGUCAGGUAAACCUGUCCUAUGACUUUUUUUGUCGAAACUAAUAUUAUUAUAGACAAUUUGUCCCAGCCGUCAGGAAAUAGCCCCAAUUGGGCGUGCUUACAAACCGUAUCAAUUUAAAAUCAGUGCCAUAGCAAAUUCUUAGCUCCUGACAAAAGAAAAUAAUAAUAAGAAAAAUUAAUUACCUUUAAUGUAAAAAUAUACAGUGUUACAGUGAUUUAAACCUCGUAAGAGCUGGCUUUACAUAGAAAGAAGUCUUCAUGUAUAUAAUAGAGUCAUUUUCAAACUUUUUGCAUCCUUUAUACUACAGUCGAACCUCCAUAUGCGACCACCUCUCGUAAGCAACCAGCAGCUCCCAUAACCAACCACAAAUGCAAAACACCAAAAUGCAAUGCCGGGCCGAUCACGUAAUGAACUUUAUGUAAACACGAAAACAGUUCGCCUGUGGAAAAUUUUCUGAGCAGGCGAAAAGAGCGUAUUAAAAUUAGGUAACCUGUAAAUUUUCAGAAGCAUAUAUCUAGUGAGUAGAGAUUGCAACGGCCGCCGAAAAGUAGAAGGAUUUGUAUAGGAAAAACAACUCUUGUCACUCAGUCAGUUACUUUAGGAGAUGUAGCAUCUUGAAAUGUAUUUAUGUUUCUAAAAUAGUAACAAAAUGGCGGGAAAUUCAAAAAUUAAAGCUUAAUAACUCUUUAACCAAUUGGGCUUUUCAAAAAAUUUUUUCACAUUUGUUUCUAUCACGUCACGCUCUCUCAAUUUUUUUUUAUUUUUUUGCCAUAGCUCGAAAUUUAUAAUUUGCUGUCAAACUUGUGACGUCAUUUUCCUGCUAAAAAACGUUGAAAUCGAAAAACACAAAAAUAGGAUUUUUUGGAAUACAAAGUUCUACCAUCCUGCAAAGUUUGAGCUCAAAGGAAGAAAAACUGCAAAAGUAUUUCUUAGCUAGUAAUAUUUUACUUCCUAUACGCCCACCGGUUUAGUAUAAUAAUAAAAAGGAGUAAUAAUAAAAUAAUAUCUUAGCUGAAUCCCUGAGUGGCCAUUUUUAGAAGAUGACUUUGUGAAUACGCGUGUUUUUCUAGGGUAUAUGAUCAUUUCAACUUUAAGUAAAUAUUACAUUUUAUCAAAUCACCUGACCUCUCUAUUUUUUAACCAAUAUAUCCACGAGUUCCCCAUAGUUUUUACUUUGAUUACCAUUCAUACGCGUAAGAAAAUGAAUUACAUUUAAAAAUAAGGUCACCUCCAGCCUCGCUUUCACUCAAGGCAAGGAGGAUACUCAGUAUUAUUCAAUCUAUUGAAAAACGGUGCAUUAAAUCUACAGAGGACGAAAUGGCUAACAAUGAGAUAAUCUUUUGUGGACUACCAAGCUGGAUUGGAAUACAGAGGAACGACACGGCUGCCUUCAUAAACAACAUUCUACUCGCUGCUGUCAAUGGAUCUUCUGCCAUCUUUGCAUUCCUCAGUAACCUGGCCGUCAUUGUUACAAUCAUCAAGACCCCCUCCUUACAGAAGCAAUGCAACAUUUUGCUGUGUAGCCUGGCCACCGCAGAUUGCCUCACUGGAGUUACUGCUCAGCCCAUGUUUAUCGUGUGGCGUUUUUUUCUUCAAAGAGCCCAGCAGUCAUGUCUGCAUCAAGUUCUGGUGUUUGACGUGUAUUACACUAUCUAUUUCUUUACCGUUGGUUUAUCUUUCGUCAACAUUGUUAUCAUCAGUUUUGAUCGCCUAUUCGCCUUGUCUAGACCUUUGGUGUAUAUAACUGAGGUGUCUAAAUCAGGUGAGGUUAUUAUCAGUUAUCAGAGAUAUUAAGGAGCUUUAAGCAACGACGAAGACGAAGACGAAAACAACAACGUCAAAAAACAAUUUUUUUAGCAAAACAAUAGCUUUGCACGUGCAUCCUGACCUUUUAGUACAAUUUUUUGACGUUCACUGGACGACUUCGAAGUGAAACCUUCUUAGACAACGUUUUAUGAAGGACGUGAACAUACUACGACGAAUUUUCUCUUUUUGAACCUGGAUAAAGUCCUUAAAAAUUAGCCCUAGGAGAAAUUGAUUUCAUUUGUAAAAUCAAAAAGGUCCAAAAGACGCGACAAAGUUUGAAAGAAAAUCGCGCCGAAUUCACCGUUCUUAUGUGUGAACAAGAGCCCUAUCUGGUAUGGUUUUCGUUCGGCGCUAAAACUAUCCGGGAUAGUGUUAACAUAGCCUGUCUUAACUAAGUUUUUGCAUUUUUGCAGGAGUACUAAAAGUUACUUUGUUCUCGACCAUUUUGUGGCUGCUGUUGACAAUCUUAUUCCAGUUUGUUUUGACUGCUCGGCAAAGCCUAGUUCUCGUCCAUAUUAAUGGUGCGGUGCUUGUGAUACUUCCUCCUGUCAAUUAUAUGAGAGUUCUGUUCUUUAUUCGUCGUCAUAACGCCCAUCUGGCUGUGGCUGUUCCGUCUCAGAUGACAACAGUAUUUCAGCGCGAGAAGAAGGUAGCACUUGACAUGUGCAUUAUCGCCGUCUUGCUUUUCUUUUCUAUCUCGCCAGCUGCAUCCAUGGUGUUACUUCAAAGCCGAUAUCCAGGCGUUCACUCUAUUCUGCUUCCUUGGAGUUUAACAAUGUCGUCCAUUCUCUCCUCUGUUAAUCCGAUAAUUUAUUUUGGACGGAAUAAGAACAUGAGAACUGCUUUUAAAUUCAUCAUGAAACUAUAA